AUUAGACAGAUUUGUACUUAUGGAUUUCGAAAUAGCGAAGCUUGGAACCUCUCUUCUGGUGCCUUCUGUUCAGGAGCUAGCUAAGCAUCCCAUAACCAAAGUUCCUGAACGAUAUGUUCGUCUAAACCAAGACCCAACUGUAUCUGUAUCUAACACAAUCUCUUUACCCCAAAUCCCAGUAAUUGAUCUCAGUAAAUUGUUGUCUGAAGAUGGAUUAUCUGAGCUACAGAAGCUUGACAACGCAUGCAAAGAAUGGGGCUUCUUCCAGUUGAUAAAUCAUGGAGUGGACCCUUCAUUGGUGGAAAACGUGAAGGCUGGUGUUCAAGAGUUCUUUAAUCUUCCAAUGGAAGAAAAGGAAAAAUUUUGGCAAAAACAAGGAGAUUUGGAGGGGUAUGGUCAAAAUUUUGUUAUAUCUGAAGAACAAAAGUUAGAAUGGGCAGAUAUGUUCUAUAUUUACACUCUUCCAUCAUACACAAGGCAUCCCCGUUUAUUUCCUUGUAUUCCCCAACCAUUCAGACAUUAUAUAGAGAGCUAUUCUUUAGAGUUGGAAAAACUUUGCACCACAAUCAUUAAACUUAUGACAAAAGCUCUAAAGAUCGAACCUAAUGAAUUGCUGGAGUUAUUUGAAGAUUUAAGUCAAUCAAUGAGGAUGAAUUGCUACCCUCCAUGUCCCCAACCAGAACAUGUCAUUGGCCUUAAUCCUCAUUCUGAUGCUGGCGCCCUUACCAUCCUCUUGCAAGUCAAUGAAACGGAAGGCCUCCAAAUAAGGAAAGAUGAAAAGUGGAUUCCUAUUAAACCCGUCUCUGAUGCUUUUAUCAUCAAUGUUGGAGAUAUUUUGGAGAUAUUGACCAAUGGCAUUUAUCGAAGUAUUGAACAUCGAGCAACAAUUAACUCAGAGAAAGAGAGAAUUUCCAUUGCUACAUUUCACAGGCCUCAAAUGAACAAAAUCGUAGGUCCAACACCAAGCCUUAUUGCUCCUGAAAGACCUGCAUUAUUCAAAAGUAUUGGUGUAGCAGAUUACUACAAAGGAUACUUUUCUCGUGAGUUGCAAGGGAAAUCGUACAUUGACGUCGUUAGAAUAAAAAAUGCAAAGGACUUUGCAUGAGCUUUUAAUAAAACAAAAUAAACUCACAGCAAAAAAAAUAAAAAUACAUAUGUAUAACUACGGACAAGCCUACUAAACAAUAACAAUGCUAGUAUGUAUUGACUCACUAUUCAAGGCUUCAAAUUAUCUUUGAUGCUAAUAUCGUAGUAUUUUAAGUUUGUAUCAUGAGACUUCAUAUGUGUGUGAUGAACUAAUUGCUUAGUAUAUAACGCAUGCCCACUUAUAUGCCUA